CAUAUACGCCUCUCGGGAUAAUGGAGAUGAUUAAGAUCACCAACUGCUUGUUGCUUGUUGCGUCCCUGCUCUUGAAGCUCCAUAGUUCUAAUGCUUCCUCGUCCUCUUUAGAUUACGCAGACGCCCUCGAGAAAUCGAUUCUUUUCUUCGAGGGCCAGCGGUCGGGCAAACUCCCCGCCGAUCAGCGAAUGACUUGGCGGGGCGACUCCGCGCUCUCCGACGGCUCCGCUAACCAUGUGGAUUUGGUGGGAGGAUAUUACGAUGCGGGGGACAACGUCAAGUUCGGCUUCCCGAUGGCCUUCACGACGACGAUGCUGGCGUGGAGUGUGAUCGAGUUCGGAGACAAGAUGCAGGGCCAGCUCGAUCACGCCAGAGCCGCCGUCCGGUGGGGCGCCGACUAUCUUCUAAAAGCCGCCACAGCAACUCCCAACACUCUAUAUGUUCAGGUUGCUGACCCGAAUAAGGAUCACCAAUGCUGGGAGAGGCCGGAGGACAUGGACACGCCCCGCGGAGUCUACAAGGUGACGAGCCAAAACCCCGGGUCCGAUGUCGCGGGAGAGACGGCCGCGGCAUUGGCGGCGUCCUCUAUUGUGUUCAGAGAUUGCGAUCCAGCUUACUCUCGGAAACUACUACAAACAGCCAUGAAAGUCUUUGAUUUCGCGGAUCGUUACCGGGGAGCGUACAGUGAUUCACUCAGCUCCGUCGUGUCUCCGUUCUACACCUCCUACUCCGGAUACCAAGAUGAGCUGCUGUGGGGAGCUGCAUGGCUGCACUGGGCGUCAGAUGACAUCUCUUACAUGUCGUACAUUCAGUCCAACGGCAACACUUUGGGGGCACAAGACGAUGACUACUCCUUCAGCUGGGACGAUAAGCGCAUCGGUACUAAAGUUCUUCUCGCCAAGGGUUUCCUGCAGAACAGGAUUGACUCACUGCAACUAUACAAGGCCCACUCAGACAACUACAUUUGCUCUUUGGUCCCUGGAUCAAACCGUUUCCAAUCCCAAUACACCCCAGGGGGGCUUCUUUACAAAGAAAGUGACAGCAACCUGCAGUAUGUGACUUCCACUACUUUUCUCCUCCUCACCUACGCCAAGUACCUGCAGGGCUCAAAUGGAGGAUCAGCCUCCUGCGGGAGUAGUACAAUCACUGCUGGAGACCUCAUUUCACUGGCUAAAAAGCAGGUGGAUUACAUACUGGGCCAGAAUCCGGCGAGGAUGUCGUACAUGGUCGGAUACGGCGCCCGGUAUCCGCUGCACGUCCACCACCGGGGUUCGUCGCUUCCCUCCGUCCACGCCAACCCCUCCCACAUCUCGUGCAACGACGGGUUCCGCUACUUGAACUCGGGCUCGCCGAACCCGAACGUGCUUGUUGGGGCCGUGCUAGGCGGGCCGGACAACAACGACCAGUUCUCCGACGACCGCAAUGACUACCAGCAGUCGGAGCCCGCGACGUACAUCAACGCGCCCCUCGUCGGAGCCCUCGCUUUCCUCGCGGGUGCUCCGGUGUAACAACUAUUAGGCUAAGCCUCGAGCUUUAUAUAUAUAAAUAUAAAAUAUAUUUAUAUGCAUGUGAUCGAUGCAUUUAUGAUGCAUGGUAGAGAGUGGGAUUUAGCAUUCUCAAGCUCCCCUGACCAUGUCAAGAUUUGAAGCAAUAUAUAUAUAGUGAAUGUUGUAUCA